AUGGCCAAGGAAGAAGACGUGAAUGUGUGUCGGCGAACCCCAAGUCUCUCUUCUUGUUUUCCUCUUCUUCAAACUCUGUUCUCUCCUGCUGGAUGAUGACAAGGGUAUUUCUCGCUGGAUCUCUUCCAGAAGAUCGAGUUGAAGGUCACUGGAAACUGCUGUGAAGGUUGCAAGAAGAAGGUGAUGAAGGCCCUCAGCAUUAAAGGUAACAGCAGAAAUUUAAUCUCCCCGCAAGCUUCAAAACCUUCUUGAGUUUUGUUAUAUGGUUCCCUUGUCCCGUUAUGUCAUAGUACUCCUUUCAACAUGAUAGCGUCAUUCAACUCUACUAAUCGACGAUGAUUUAGAGUAAGCAAUAACAUAUAAUCAGAGACUGAUAUUCACAACUUCAACUCACCAUGGUCUUCAAUGGUGUUAAGGCGUUCUGAAGGCAGAUAUCCACCCAACGCUUUCCAAGGUCACCAUCCUGGGCAACGUCGAGCAGCAGAUUCUCAUAAAGAGGCUGGCGAAAUACGGGAAGAGAGCAGAACCAUGGCCGGCGGAGCCGAAGAGGAAAGUGGAAGAAAAGAAACCCGAGCACAAAGAGAAGCAAGUUGUGGACGUCCCCGUCGCAGAUGGGAACCAGAACGCCAAGAAUGUCAAGAGAAAGGAUAACAGCCAAAGCGACAACCAUGGCAGUGGAGAUGGUGGCGAUAAAGCAGAGAAGAUGGUCUACACGGAGCCAGAGUUUCUAAAGAACGUAGUAAAUCCUACGUAUACGGCAGUUCCUCUACUCUCAACAGCCACAAAUCUUCCUCCAGUGAGCUACAUAGUCAACUCAGGUGGAACUCCAAGUGCCCGUGUCUACUACGCCGUGGAAGCUUACCCCUCAGCAGCGUACUACGCCGGAUGCGCGGGCGGGGCUGUUCCGCCGCCACACUGUUGCACUCGGGAUCCCUACCGGCACUGUCCACCGGCGCCCCCGGUCGGCCUUUCGCAGUUUGGAGAAUACUUCAACGACGAGAACACGGCCGGGUGCGGCGUGAUGUGA